UCCAAGUGCCGGGAACCUCUUUGCACCCUCCUUGACGCGCAACAGCGAGGAGCGCAAUGGACGAGCCGAACAUCCUCCGACGCCGAGGGCUCCAGAAGGAGCUGAGCCUGCCUCGCCGUGGGAAAACCCUCUCCCCCGGGAGCCAGAGUCCGACCCUUCUCAGCCCCCUGAGCCCUCUCAGCCCCCUGGCGUUGCACCCUUGGAGCUGCCGACGGAGCAACCGGAAAAGUUUGGUGGUGGGGACCCCGUCGCCCACCCUCUCCCGCCCCCUCUCCCCGCUCUCCGUGACGACAGCCAGCAGCAGCAGCCCCCUCGACAGCCCCCGAAACUUCUCCUCCGGCACGUCGGCCAGCUUCCCCUUUGCCCGCAGCCAUGCUCCUCGGACCGACAGGGCUGACGGCCGAAGGUGGUCCCUGGCAUCCUUGCCCUCCUCCGGCUAUGGCACCAACACCCCCAGCUCCACCGUCUCAUCCUCCUCCUCCUCCUCGCAGGAGCGCCUCCACCAACUCCCUUACCAGCCCACGCCCGACGAACUCCAUUUCCUCUCCAAACACUUCCGCAGCACCGAGAGUGUGGCGGCCGAAGACGGGCGACGCUCGCCCUACUUCCGGCCCCGAUCCCGGAGCCUCAGCCCCGGCCGGACGAGCGGGAUGUUCGACAACGAGAUAGUGAUGAUGAACCACGUCUACAAGGAGAGGUUUCCAAAGGCCACGGCGCAGAUGGAGGAGCGCCUGGCGGAGACGAUUGCCAACUUAUCGCCCAGCAACACUUUGCCGCUGGCCGACGGCGUCCUGGGCUUCAUCCACCACCAGAUCAUCGAGUUGGCGCGCGACUGCCUCUCCAAGUCGCGGGGGGCCCUCGUCACCUCCCGCUACUUCGCGGAGCUGCAGGAGAAGCUGGAGAAGAUGCUCCGAGACGCCCAAGAGCGCUCCGAGAGCGAAGAACUGCGCUUUGUGGAACAGCUGGUCCGGAAAUUCCUGAUCAUCAUCUCCCGUCCGGCUCGGCUCCUGGAGUGCCUGGAAUUUGACCCAGAAGAGUUCUACCAUCUCUUGGAAGCCGCUGAAGGACACGCCAAAGUUGGGCAGGGGAUCAAGACCGAUAUUCCAAGAUACAUCAUCAGCCAGCUGGGUCUUGCCAAAGACCCCCUGGAGGAAAUUGUUCAGCUCGAUCAAGUAGAUUGUGGCUCUCUGUCGGGAUCAGAGCACCCGGGCGACUUCUCCGAGAGCCGCCCUCCUUCCUCCAUUCCUCGCAGGAACCCAUGCGAGAGCGAUUUCGAAACCGUCAAACUGAUCAGCAAUGGAGCCUACGGGGCCGUCUACCUCGUGCGCCACAAGGAGACCCGCCAGCGCUUCGCCAUCAAGAAGAUCAACAAGCAAAACCUGGUCCUCCGCAACCAGAUCCAGCAGGUCUUCGUGGAGCGGGACAUCCUGACCUUCGCCGAAAACCCCUUUGUGGUCAGCAUGUUCUGCUCCUUCGAGACCCGGCGCCACCUCUGCAUGGUCAUGGAGUACGUCGAAGGCGGGGACUGCGCCACCCUCUUGAAGAACAUGGGCCCCCUUCCAGUGGACAUGGCCAGGAUGUAUUUCGCCGAGACGGUCCUGGCCUUGGAGUACCUGCACAACUACGGCAUCGUCCACCGCGACCUCAAGCCGGACAACCUCCUCAUCACCUCCAUGGGACACAUCAAGCUGACAGAUUUCGGGCUCUCCAAGAUCGGGUUGAUGAACAUGGCCACCAACUUGUACGAGGGACACAUCGAAAAGGACACCCGGGAAUUCGUCGACAAGCAGGUGUGCGGGACCCCCGAGUACAUUGCCCCAGAGGUGAUCCUGAACCAGGGCUAUGGGAAGCCGGUCGACUGGUGGGCCAUGGGCAUCGUCCUCUAUGAGUUCCUGGUGGGCUGCGUCCCCUUUUUCGGAGACACCCCGGAAGAGCUCUUCGGGCAGGUGAUCAGCGACGAAAUUAUUUGGCCGGAGGGGGACGAGGCUCUCCCUCCCGACGCCCAGGACCUCAUCACCCAACUCUUGAAGCACUGCCCUUUGGAACGCCUGGGCACAGGAGGGGCCCACGAGGUGAAGCAGAACCCCUUUUUCCGCACCCUGGACUGGAACGGGCUCCUGCGGCAGAAGGCCGAGUUCAUCCCCCAGCUGGAAGCCGAGGACGACACCAGCUACUUCGACACUCGCUCAGAGCGCUAUCGCCACCUGGGGUCCGAAGACGAGGAGACGAACGACGAGGAGUCGUCCCUGGAGAUCCGGCAGUUCUCCUCCUGCUCCCACCGGUUCAGCAAGGUCUACAGCAGCUCCGAACACCUGGCCAACGCUUCUUCCUCCCUGGGCGCCUCGCCGUCUCCGGAGCAAAGCCGCGCCGAGAAGGAGGACCGCGGGGAGCGCUGGGAUGAGGAGAAGGGCCGGCUGCCAGGCCCCGAGACCAGACUCCGCGCCUGGACCUCCUGCGGCUCGACGGCCCUCUCCUUCCGCCAGGAGUGCGGUGUCCGCGGGGCGCCCCCCGCCCUGAGCGCCACCUGCAGCCUGGAGGCCAUGCCCAGGUUCGCCUUCUCCUCUGAGGACGAGAGCCCCUGCCGGGCGCCCCCCAAGAGGGAGCGCCCCGUCUUCGUGGUGGGGGGCGACCCCGAGGGGCUGGCCGGCGCCAAGACCCCCGCGAAAGCCUCUGGGCUGGCAGCUGACCUGUCCAGCCUGAGCAGGAUCCGUCUGCGGAGCAACAGCACAGGCACCAAGAACUCCCUGCCACUGGAUGGGGACGCCGGGGGGCGCCGGGUUGGCGGCCACAAGGAAACGCCUGGGAAGCAGAGGACCCCCUCGGGGGGCAGCAGGGUGCCCAAGUCGGCCUCCGUCUCUGCCCUCUCGCUCAUCAUUGGGGCAGAUGACUUUGGGGGCACCGCCCUGGUGAGCCCCAUCUCUCCCCGCUCCCUCUCCUCCAACCCCUCCUCCCGGGACUCGUCCCCCAGCCGCGACCCACUGCUGGGGGGCUCGGGCCUGCGCCCCCCCAUCGUCAUCCACAGCUCGGGCAAGAAGUACGGCUUCACCCUGCGCGCCAUCCGGGUCUACAUGGGCGACAGCGACGUCUAUGCCGUGCAUCACAUGGUCUGGAGCGUUGAAGACAGCAGCCCCGCUCAGGAGGCGGGUUUACGGGCCGGAGACCUCAUCACGCACGUCAACGGAGAGUCGGUCCUGGGUCUGGUCCACAUGGACGUGGUCGAGCUCUUGCUGAAGAGCGGGAACAAGGUGGCGCUGCGCACCACGGCGCUGGAAAACACGAGCAUCAAGGUGGGCCCUGCGCGGAAAAACAGCUCCAGGACCCGGAUGGCCAGGAGGAGCAAGAAGAGCCGCCGGAGGGAGAGCCAGGACAGGCGGAAAUCCCUCUUCAAGAAGAUCUCCAAGCAGACGUCGGCCCUGCACACCAGCCGCAGCUUUUCGUCCGGACUCCACCACUCCCUCUCCUCCGGAGACAGCCUGCCCGGCUCACCCACCCACAGCCUCUCCCCGGGACCCCCCACCCCCUGCCGCAGCCCCGCCCCGGACGCCCCGCCAGAUCCCGCCUCCCCGCAGACCACCUCCCCCUCGCCCAGCACUCCACCCUCCCCGGCCGGCCACAUCCGCCCCAGCUCCCUCCACGGCCUGGCACCCAAACUGGGCACCGCCGGGCGCUACAAAGUCGGGCGCCGCAAGUCCACCAGCAGCAUUCCCCCCUCGCCCUUGGCCUGCGCCGCCCCGCCCUCCCCGCAGAGGUCCCCCUCGCCCCUGCCACCCUCCAAGGCGGGCAAGGCGCUCUCGCCGCCCGCUGGCACCCGUGCCCACGAUGGCGCCCGCUCGCCCCUGCUCCAGAGGGUCCAGUCGGCCGAGAAAAUCCCCGAGAAGAAGCCGCCGGGCAGGCAGAAGGCGGCGGCGGCGGGCGAGGCGGGCGCUGGAGAUCCCGGUGCCCGGCGCCCCCAUGCCCGCCCUGGCACCGAAUCCGAAGUGGUGGUUAUGCGCCAUCUGAACCUCUCGGAGCGCCGGGACUCGUUCAAAAAGCAGGAGGCAGUGCAGGAGGUCAGCUUCGACGAGCCCGACGCGGAGGGUGCCCCCUGGCGCCCGCCGGUGCCCCACAUUGCGGUGCAGGGGGACCCCGAGUGGGAGUGCCAGGGGUCGUACCCGGCCCGGCUGGAAGCCCGUGUCUACAUCGAGCAGGAAGACGGCACCACGGCGGUGGAGUUUGCCAGCGUCUCGCCCCCCGGGCGCAGGACAAACGGCGGGGCGCCCGGUCCCCCCAGGAGGCGUUUGUGGGGGGCACUGGACACCCGUGAGAGGCCCCCCGGAGCCUGGCUGCCCGCCGUGGGCCAGGAAGAGGACUCUGCGCCCGGGCAGAGGGCCGUCGAGGAAGACCAGUGAACUUCCAGGGGGCAGGGAAGGAGGUGCCCCUUUCCCUGCCCUGAAGGGUGCCCGCUGCUUGCCCCACACAAUGGCACCCAGGAAUCCUGCUUGGGGGCGUCUUUUGGGGGUCCCUCAAACCAGACUGCAAAGGGGGGGUCCUCAAACUCUGGAAUCUCCCCCUGGGUGUUUUGGGGGGCAGUUGGGCAUUGGGGCAGCGGCGAGCCAAUUGUGGGCAUCUAGAUAACAGGGCAUGCCUCUUUUAAUGAGGUUAUGGGGGCACACUUUUGGGGGGGAUAAUUCUCUUUGGGAUUGGGGAAACACCUCUUCCUAGAGGCUAGGCCCAACAUCUGGGGCCAGAGGGGGGUUGGCGCCCGAAACAUCGGGGGUUGCACAGCCCCGAACGAAGAAGGGGCACAAAAAUGGGCACAUUCCUCUAUUUAAAAAGAGGCCUUUUCUCCUCUGAGUGGGGAAACAUCUGGGGCUCUGUCCUUGAGAUUGCCAGCCCUUCAGUUACAGAAUCCCAGAUUUGGGACACCGGGGGGUCAUCCAGCCCAACCCGCGACAACGCAGGAGUCGGGUCCCCAAGACGCCCGCGUCCCCCUAUACCACCGCCUCCGGUCCGGGCCCCAGAACCCGCCCCGAUGCCAGGGAACCGCCCCCUCGUGUGGCCCCUGGCGCCAGAACGCUGCUGCGAUUCCUGCAUUGUGAGUCCCUUCCGGGUCUAGGAUUCGCACCCGGUCCCCAAACCUAGAGCCAGCGGAGAAGGCGAGCUUUUCAGCUCCCCCGGGCAUGGGAGCGGGUGGCAGACUUUGGGGGAGAAAGGGAGGAGUGCGCAAGGAACCCCCCGAUAGGAAUCGGGUUGGGAGCCUAUGGGGAGGAGAUGUGUGGGUCAGUUCCCAGCCCUGGGGGUUCACUCUGUGGUUAGAAGGGGGGACCCCGUGAGCGUUGCCCAAGGAAGAGGGGGUCCCCUGUGCCCGUCGCGAGGGGCAGCAGCCCCAAACAGGGUCAUCUCCUGAUGUUGGACCCCAAUUUUCCUGAUGGUUUAGCCAUGCUGGCAUCUGGCAUUACCCUAAUACUCCCAACCCUGGCUGGCAGCAUCUCUGCAGGAUUCGCUCAGCCAAUCUCCCAGCUGGAGAUGCCAGUGGUAAGAACUGAACCCGGGACCUUCUGCAGGAAGAACUGAUAUUCCCCCCCUGCGCCGCAGCCCCUCUGUUACUAAUAAAGUUCCUAGACCUCAUGGAGGAGAGGGAACCCAUUGAGCUCUACCCUGGCAGGCAGGGGUCUUUUGGGGGACCUUCUCUGCCACGUUUAAUCCCAAAAUGUCAAGUUUCUAGUCCUCGUCGGCCGUAUUUGCUUCCUGCAAAAAAGCCAUUUAAUUGGGGGCCUGAAAGCGAGAAAACCCUGGAUCUUGCACGGAUUCGCACAUGCAGGGAGAUUUCUGGAAGCAAGGCCAAUUCCGGACAGAGCCUCCUUAAUAGACGCAGCUUGGCUCGCUUUCCCGAUCUGAGGCAACGCUGCGUUUGAGGGGUGCUGCCCCCCUUUUCCGCUCAGUGGGGACCCCAGACUCCUUCCCCACAAGCCCCCACAAGGUAUAGAUAUAUAUCCGGCUCCCCAAACUGCUUCCCCAUUUAACUUUGCCCUGGUUACUUAUGGUGUCCUCAACUUUCCCAUCUGCGAAAUGGGCUCCCCUGAAUUUAACCCUUGAGGAACUUAGCAGUUUUUUUAUGGUGGCAAAAGAAAGUUUGGGGUGGGAGCUGCGCAGCUUUGGGAAAUGGUUUCUCCGGAUAAGUUCGGAUUUGGAAAUUUGGGUGUUUGGGGGGAGACCCCCUCCUUGGUUUGCUGUACGGAAAACGGUCUCUGGAAGCCCGUUUUUGGGAAGGAAAAUAAAGUAAGUUAUGAACAGA